AGUUCGUACAAUUGGCGCUUCAGUUCAGGACAGUUCAGUCUCCGAGACCACUGUCCGCACGAACCCCAAUAAAAAGUCCACUGUUUCCCGCCGACAUCCACUCACAUCAUCGCUCUCUCUCUCUCUCUCUCUCUCCAUAUCUUGCGUGAUCUCUCUGAUCACUCUCUCGUCGGAGUUCGCGAGGUCGUCUGUUCAUGAACGGUAGGGUUCGAAGCGAAUUGGACGGUCGAAUAAGGCUCGCAAGGCACAAUGAGUUCAUCAACGGAGGUGGCUUCGCCGGAAAAUGUGGUUCAGGCGUUGUUGGAGUACUUGGUUGACCCCCUGUUGCCGUUGAAGCCCCGUGGGAGUGAACCUCCUCCACUUCAUCAACAGCAAUCCGUCGCCAAACAGAUGCAUGCAGUUGUGUUACUCUACAACUACUUCCAUAGGAAACAACAUGCAGAAUCAGAGUUUCUGGGGUUUCAGUCCUUUUGCAAGUUGGCUGUCACUUUGAGACCAGCUCUAUUGACACACGUGAAACUCAUGCACCAAUCUGAUUCCACUGAGUUGAAUGACCUGGAAGAGCAGCUUUCAGUGACAGAGAAGGCGAUUAAGAAUGCAUGUGAUAUAGCUUUAGUUCUCGAUGCUUCAGAAGGUUCUCCAAAUACCGAGGGAUGGCCAGUUUCUAGGCUUGCCAUGCUAUCAUCUGACUCCAGCAAAGAGCAUUGCUUGCUGGAGUUUAGUUCCAUCACCCAGGGGGUUUGGUCGGUCAUAGAGAAAGAUCUUGAUAUCUUUAGCAUCAAUUCUGAAGGUACAACGGAGGGAAAACGCAUAAACAAAAGAAAAAGGAGUGCCAAAAGGUCUAAUGAAGGUGGUUUUCAUGAGCUUGCACUUUCAACUGUCAAGGAAGUGAUAGGUAUUGACCAGAGUGAUCUUGUGAUUUUAGAGAGCCAUGCAGUAUACUCCUUGAGUAGAGAAAAGACAGCUGCUAACUUUUAUAUACUACAAUGCACAAAACCAAUAAAUGAGGAUCUUCAAGUUCCUAUUAAAGAUGUUAUUGAGAGAAUGCAAGGCCCUUUGGUUGGAAAAAGUUCCAGCGGUUGGAUUGUGACCCCAGUAGUCGAGUACUUUCAUGUGCUUCCUUAUGCUGGAAUCCUGACAAACUGGUUUUCUAGGGAAGUGUUCUCAAAUAGUUUGCAAGGUUCCAGAAUUGGAUUAGAAAAUGUAGAUGUCAAGAACUUGUUGAGUAUGGAUGAUGUUUGUGACAAAGAGGUUAUUAAAGAUGGACAUGAUUAUGAGAGAAAAUCUGAUGGAGUGAAUUCUGUUGGCAAAAAGAGUGAAGAAAAUGCCACUGAAUUACAAGAUUUAAGGGUUGGAUCAGAAUAUGUGGACCUGAAGAGCCCACAGAGGAUAGACGUUAUUCCUGACAAAGAGGCUAUUGAAGAGAGUGAUGAUAUGGGUAAGAACUCAAAUGUAGCAGAUUCUGUUAGCAAUGAUGUUGGUCGAACUAGUACUGAAUCUUGGAAGCAGAAAGAUGGACACAGAAGUGGCUUGGCUUGUUUGUCUGAUUCUAAGUACGGGCCCCAGAAGAUGGAUGAUGUCAAUAUCUUACAGUGUACAGACAACCUUUGUGGCAAAGACGCUAUGAAAGAUAGAGAAGAUGUUUGUAAUAGCUCUAACAGGGCAGAUUCAGUUGGCAACCUGACUGGUGGAACAAUUGUCCAAUUGCAAGAUUUAAGUGUUGUAUUAGAAUGUGUAGAUGUCAAGAGCCCUCGGAGGAUAGACACUAUUUCUGAUAAAGAAGUUAUUAAAGAGAGCGACAAUUCCGGUAAGAACUCUAAUGCAACAGAUUCUGUUGGCAAUGAUGGUGGUCAAACUAGGCCUGAUUCUUUGAAGCAGAGAGAUGAUAAUGGAAAUGGCAUUGUGUGUUUGUCUGAUUCUUAUUCUUGGCCACAUAAGAUGGGUGCUCAUGUUAAGAGCUUGCAGAAAAUAGACAGUCUUUGUGAAGGAUCUAUCAAAGAUAGAGAUGGGUCUGGUAAUAACUCCAAUGGAGUGGAUUCUGUUAACAAGCAGGCUGGUGGAACUACUACCAAAUUGCAAGACCUAGGGAUGGGGCUAGAUAACAUAGAUGUCAAGAAUCCUCAGGGUAUAGGCCAUCCUUCUGACAAAAAAGUUAUUAAAGGGAGCAAUGAUUCUGGCAAGAACUCUAAUGCUACAGAUUCUGUUCGCACUGGGAGUGGUGAAACUAAUACUGAAUAUUUGAAGCAGAGAAAUGAUAAUGGAAGUGGUGUGGUUUGUUUGCCUGAUUCUAAGUCUGGCCUUCAGAACAUGGAUGUUGGUGACUCUUCUCUGGUUUGGCAUCAGAAUGAAAACAGAAGCAAGACUGCCCACAGCGAAAUAAAAGUUUACCAUCACAGGAAAAGGAUGAAUAAUUCUGCAGAUGAUAAUAUACAUUCCAAAACAAAACGCACCAAGGUGGAGAUGAGUAACUCCAUGCCAAAGCCAUGCAUUCCUGAGGUAAAUGUUGUAAAGGUUGAUACUGGAAUUGAGACUGGCAGCAUUCUCUCUUCUGGGCAAGUUAAAUUGCCAAUGGGAGGUUAUGCCCCACUUUCUUCCACAUUGAACUCAAAGUACCUAGAAAAGCUACAAAGCACUCUGGCGUCAAAGGAAAAUGCUUUGUCACAGAUUGCCUUGAGAAUUCUCUAUAGCAAAAGGCACAAGCUGUCAUGCCAGUUGAGGAAUCUAGAAGAUGCAAUUGCUGUGUGUGACAAAAAUAUACAGACAAUUUUAGAUGAAGGUGAGGAUAGCCUGGCUUUAAAGAUAGAGGCCAUUGUAGAUAAAUGUGACAACGUUUGCCUGAAAGGUGAAAAUGAACCUAAAGAAAGGACUCAUUCACAUUUUGAAGAUCAAUGCUCACAUAAAUACAAGAGGAGGACAUUGUCUGAGGCCAUCUUCACUUUGCGAAAAUCAUGUCAGGAACUUGACGAUAUAUGUCUUGAGAACAACUGGAUAUUACCAACGUACAAUGUAUCUCUAGGAGAUGUGAAGCUAAAUUUGGCAAUUGCUAUGUCAGAUGGUUUCUGUGCCCAUGUAUGGGUAAAAGGGAUGGACUUCGAAUGUUCAGCAGCAAGUGAUCUGCAAUCCUGUCCUCAAUUAGCAAGAGAGUCAGCUGCAGUACAGAUGAUUUCCAAAUUACGAAGCAUAUCCGGUCAGACCCAGUAGUUUCUGGUUCAUCAAUUAAGAGGCCGCUGCUGCUGCAUGAUAUGGUGCAAGCAUUCCCUUUCAUUGGGUUACCGGGUUUCCGUGCAAAUGAAUAGAAAGUCCUAGGGAUGAUAACUAUGUUUGUAUGUAGACAACAGUAACUGAUGAGUGGUACCUAGAUGCUUUUGACAUGUCAUUUCACCUGUUUAACACCGGUAAUCAUCAGCUAUAUCUAUGAACUAUAAUUAGGGCUGCAA